AUGUCCAGUUCAGGCGCAGCCACGGCGUCGGCUUCCAACACUCAAAACACCCAUCACCACCACCUCCCCCACAACAAUGACCCCGAUCGAGACUUCCUCUCUCGUCGUGCCCGCGCCAAAAACCAUGUCAUUGCCAUGGUCGGUGAAUUCGUGGGCACCACGCUCUUCCUCUGGUUCGCCUUUGCUGGCACUCAAUCCGCGGCCAUCACGGGCGGAGGUGUAGCAAAUACCCCGACCCAGGUAACCUUGACCAGUCUGGCAUUUGGCUUUUCGCUGCUCGUCACGGUGUGGGCAUUCUACAGAAUCUCCGGAGGAUUGUUCAAUCCCGCUGUCACCCUGGGUCUCGUGCUUACCAAGAACCUCCCUUGGGUUCGUGGACUUCUCCUGUUCCCGUCCCAAAUCCUCGGCGGGAUCGUCGCGGCAGCUCUUGUCAGAUGCAUGUUGCCCGGCCCCCUGGUCGUGGGCACCACGUUGAGCAACGACACCACGCCCGCCCAAGGCGUCUUCAUCGAAAUGUUCCUGACCUCGCUCCUGGUGUUCACCAUCCUCAUGCUUGCCGCCGAGAAGCACUACGCCACCUUCAUGGCUCCCGUGGGCAUCGGCCUCGCGCUGUUCGUGGGCAUGAUGGCCGGCCUCCCCUACACGGGAGCCUCGAUGAACCCGGCGCGCAGCUUCGGCCCCGCCGUUGCCACGCCCUAUUUCCCGGGCUACCACUACAUUUACUGGUUCGGACCCGUCAUGGGCUCCCUUAUGGCGUCCGGCUACUACGCCUUCGUCAAGUAUCUCCGCUACGAGGAGGCGAAUCCGGGCCAGGACGCCGUCAGCCCUGAGGAGAAGAGCAGGGACGAGGAGAUGGGGCCUUGA